AUGGUGCCUGGGAGAGGGCAACACAGCAGAUUCUUGGCUGGCUUGAAUCAGACAGAUGUGAAUGUGAAGAGCUGGGGAUCACCUGUGCUCAGACUGUGGCAAGGGCUGGGCCGUUGCCACCCCGUGGAGGAGGCGGGCUUUCAGGGGAGUGGUCGAGGUAGGGGCCAGCGGAAGAGCAGAAGAGUAGUGAAGGAGGCGGGGCCAGCGAAAGAGAUCGCAGAGGAGGUGCAGCGAGUGGGGAGUCGUCGAAGGGCGGGGCCAGCAGGAGUGGCGACGGAGAGGCGCGGAACCUUUGACGAAGCCCAGAGGAGGUGGGGGCCAGCGGAGGAGGCGGGACAAGGAAUCGGAGAGACAGGGGGUCGAGGAGGCGCGCCGACUAAGGCCGUCUUAUCCGGACUCGCCAAUCACCCGUAUUCCAUCACCUCCCACAGGUAUUCCAUGCCCGGCGCUUGUUCCCGGCUGACCUCAGUGCAGUUACCCGGACUAGCUCAGUCCGGAUCCCUUCAGUCUGGCAACUCCUGGCACUUCGGAAAGAAGGGUUCCCUCGGUUGCAGGAAGAAAAGCUGGUCGGAGCCUAGAGCACUAAGAGAAAAGCCGCCUGAGUCCCGACUGCACCGGACCAAUGAGGCGGGCUUCCUGCGUCAGCGCGGACACUCGCUGCCCAAUUAGAAGAAGCCUGUCCCGGCGAUCGAGGAAGAAGCUACGGGUCCUGCUUUGGGACAAACAUCUCGGCAAUAAUAAUGCGCUUCUAUUUGCUUUGUUCUAACUUGAACGAAAGGCCACACUAAAUAUGCCCAGCUCUGAGCAAUAAGAACACUUUCGUUACCUUUGAAGUUUCCGAAGGCAUUCCACGUAUAGUUUUUAUUGAUUCACACCAUGUCUAAUAAGACACAUUCGGAUGUUAAUUUGCCCAAGAACACACAGCCCCUUUGGAGUGAAAAAAGAAGAAAAAAGCCAAGUCCGUGACAACUAAACGCAAAACGAAAUCCUGGAUUAUAUCCUAGAACAGAAAAAGGACGUAAAUGAGACAACUGAUGAAAUUUAAAUAAGGUGUAUCAAGUAAUUAUAGUAUUAUAUCAAUAGUUUUGAUAAUUGUACUAUGCUUAUGUAAGAUGUUGAUUUUGGGGGAUUAUGAGUGAAGAACAUAGGGGAACCAUACUACUUUUGCAACUUUUUGAAAACCUAAAAUGAUUUCAGAUUCUGAGCCCCAAUUUUUGUUUUGUUUUGAUUCUGAGCCUUUAUUGAGGCGUCCAGUACAGAACAGGAAGUAGCUUAUAGAAAGCUUUGUGUAUUGAAUCAUUCGAAAUAUACUGAAGCAACACAUUUUAAAAUAGGGCCAUAUGCCAGUCCCCAGGCUAGAGGUCAAAUCAGAGCUACAGCUUCCUGCCUACACCACAGCCACAGCAACAUGGGAACAUGGUAUCCAAGCCACAUCUGCGACCUAUACCACAGCUCACGGCAACAUGGGAUCCUUAACCCACUGAGCAAGGCCGGGGAUCGAACCCGAGUCCUCAUGGAUAUUAGUUGGAUUCGUUUCCACUGCACCACAAUGGGAACUCCCUGAUUGACUUUGAAAUGUUAAACCAACCUUAUUGUCCUGAGAUAAACCUUAUUUGGACAUGCUGUACUAUACUUUAUAAAUUAAGUGAUUUUUGCAUCCAUGUUCACAGAGAUAUUGAGCUGUAACUUUUUUUGUAAACUUAUUGUCAGGUUUUGUUGCCAGGUUAUCUUGGUCUAAUAAAACUAGUCCGGAAGACA